AUGGCCUCCAUUCAGGAUCAGUUCCUUUACCAAAUGGACCUACCUUGUUUUCCUGAUGAGUCCCUCGAUUUCGAUCAGUUUCUCGACCUGCCAUCCGCUUAUGGCGAUGACCACUCCCCUUCGGUCAACUCCAUCUCUCCUCCUGAAAUGGCCUUGCCUUACGAGACCCACGAGAUGAUCGGAGAAUCUUCGCCCCGGUUCAUGCAGCCCCCUUUCCCAGACGUGGAAUAUGGCAUGCCGCAGGGGAGCUUCGUGGAUCACUCCCCAGAGACGGGUCUGAUGCAUGACCCAGCCCCCAUGUUCGAUGAUGCAGCCUUCUCGGGUUAUAACCCGUACGACAGCACCUCCGCAUUCCGGAAUAUGGUUGAGGCACAUGCAGCUGCGGACUCUCGCGUCGCCUCAAUCAAAGAAAAGCGCCGUGAAGCAGCCAUCGCAUUACAUUUGCAGCGGUUAUGCGAUGCCACGGCACUCGACCUGGACAUGUCCUCCGACUCGAACACCAGCUUUUCCUCACCGUGCUGGUCGGACUACGUCCGCGGAAGCACCUCCCCGCAGUCCACCAGCACCAGCGCUGAGGACACACCGGCGCCCCAAGCAGCCGCUGGAAGCGGAGGUGUCGAGCUGGUUUUGGAUCUGAACAUGAACAGCACUACCAAUGUGCCGAAGAAACAGAAGCCUCGGUCUCAGGCCCAAAAAGAAAAUUACAUCAAGGCACGGAAAUAUGGUGCCUGCGAAAAACACAAAAAGCAACACAAGAGGUGUAAUUGCCUGGAGAAGGCGGCUGCCCGUGCUGGUGUUAACGAAUUACAACCAAACGUUACUUUACGAGAGCGACCGAGACAACCAACACUCCAAGCCCCGAUUCUUCCGGAAGCACGAUUCUCUGGAUCUACGGGUCACGACCCGUUAACGCAAACCGCCAUGGUCCCGGUCAAGGCAACCAUGAAGCCAGCAAGCGCGUCUCCGGGCCACGAGAGAAUAAUCCCAAGCGCGAAGAUUUCAGUCAAGGCAAACAUGAAGCCGAGUGGCACGCCGGGCCACGACCCGUUAGUCAGCCAACCCGCGGCGCUUCUAUCUUCCAAGGGAAGGAGGAAGCCCAUGAGCACCUCAACGGGUCACGACCCGUCAGUCGCAACCGCGGCAAUUCUGCCAGUGAGCUCUCUGCGUGCCCCGAAUUUGGAGGCUCAUCGCCCGAGAACUACUCAGACUUCACCUAUCACCGGCCAAGCCUCACCAAAAAACCAAUCGGUAGCAGGGCACAGUUCCGGAAGCCUGGGUCUACGCCACUCAUUGGGAGUUCGCAUCUCUGGAAUUCUGGCAAACCCCGGAUUGGAGUACCAACAGAGCAUUCUUUCAAGCCCCAAACAGCCACUGGCGAUUCUUGCUGCUCGCUCGACACAGUCUCCCAAAGGCUCACUGGAUGUACCCAGUCGGCGUGGCUCUACGCUCCUUUCUGGAAACAAUGGCAAGCUUUUACGCCCGCUCGCCGACUCUGUUGGUGGAAUUUUGUCAGGCACUGUUUUGGCCAUUUAUGGUGCUUGGCAAUCGACUAUCUCCCGGUCCUCUUGGACUGAGGACGUGGCUGGCAGAUGUCUUUCUUGGAUUGGGAGACAGCUCAUGUCUGCUCAAAAGAGCCCGAACUGGUCUCGAUCGCGCAGCUUCGGGCUCGUCUAA